AUGCCGGCCAUAGCUUCAGGCAAGGUUCUUGUUACCGGCGCGAACGGAUACAUAGCAGCUUGGAUUGUCAAAUACUUCCUUGAAGCCGGCUUCUCCGUCAGAGGCACCGUCCGCGAUGUGAGCAAGGGAGCUCACCUGAUGGACGUCUUCAGCUCGUACGGCGACAAGCUGGAGUUCGUCGCUGUGGAAGACAUGACCCAGGACGACGCGUUCUACGCCGCCGCCGCCGCCGUCGACGCCAUCGUACACACCGCCAGCCCCGUCAACCUCGACGCCGACGACCCGAACGAAGAGAUCGAGCCCGCCGUGCGCGGCACGCUCUCCGCGCUCCGCGCCGCCGCGCACACCCCGUCCGUGCGGCGCGUCGUCACCGUCUCGUCCUUCGCCGCGGUCGUCGACCGCGCCGCGACGGGCGCGCGCGUGUACGACGAGAGCAUGUGGAACGACGCCGACCUCGCCAAGUACGCCGCGAGCAAGGUGCACGCGGAGCGCGCGGCGUGGGCGUACUUCCGCGCGGCGAAGGCGGAGGCGGAGGCGACGGGCGAGGAGCUCCGCUGGGACCUGGCCGUCGUCGUGCCCCCGUGGGUGUUUGGGCCGACGAUCCACGAGGUGCGCGGUGGGCCCGAGACGCUGAACGGCUCGAACUUGUAUCUGCACAAGGUCGUUUUUGAGGGCGUUAUGUUGGGGAAGCCGUGGGAGGACUGGGGCCUCGCUGCGGGAAAAUUCUCUUCCAAGGCGCAUUCGGUGUCUCCGACUUAUGACCCGUCGGCGACGUACGAAACCCGCAUCAACUCCAACAGGGCGCGCGAGGUGAUUGGAAUGACCAAAUAUCACAGUAUAGAGGAGACCAUGAAGGACAUCAUCGCAGACUACGCUGCACGUGGUUCAAGCUACUCCUCCUUUUCGAGCCGCGACGUCUACAAGUCCACAAUCGGUCCCCAUGCUCGUACUCUGCUUCGGCUUAGCAAGCCUUCGCGCACCCUCAGAGGAAAUUCGAAGCAGGAGGCAUGUACCGACCGGUGA